AUGGGAGAAAACAAAGCUAUGUCAAAUGAUUUCCGUACUUUAUCACCUGAAUUUUCAAUAGAUGAAGCUAAAACUAUAGCUAAUCAAUAUUAUGGUUUAAAUCAAUUUAUUUGUCAAUUACCAAGUGAACGUGAUCAAAAUUUUCUUUUUCAUCAUCAACAAUCAAAAUUUAUAUUAAAAAUCUCAAAUAUAGAUGAAACUUAUUCCGUUAUUGAUAUGCAAAAUCGUGCUAUGGAACAUAUUAAUAAUGGUAUAAGAGUUAUAGCUGCAUUAGAUGGAAAUAUGAUUGUUAAAUAUAAAAAUCAUUUAAUACGUCUUGUUAAUUAUCUUCCAGGAAUUCCUUUAGCUAAUUAUCGACCUCAUACUUCGAAAUUAUUUUUUAAUUUAGGAAAACUUCUUGGAAAAAUAGAUAAAUCUCUUAUAGAAUUUAAAGAUGAAUCUGCAAAACGUUAUAUUUAUUGGAAUAUAAUUAAUGCUGAAUAUAUUAUUAAUAAAUAUAUAAAUUUAAUUGUUAAUAAAAAUCAUCGUCAAAUAAUUGAAAAUAUUCUUAAAGAUUGGAUUGAAAUAGUUGUUCCUUUAUUUUCAUUACUUCGACAAUCUAUAAUUCAUAAUGAUGCUAAUGAUAAUAAUAUAAUUGUUAUUGAUGAAGAUAAUAUUGGUUUAAUUGAUUUUGGAGAUAUGUGUCAAACAUUUAUUAUAAGUGAAGUUGCUAUUGCAUGUGCUUAUAUUAUGUUAGAUAAACAAGAUCCAAUUGUUUCAGCAACAUAUCUUAUUUCUGGUUAUAAUCAAAUAAAUCAAUUGGAAGAUAUUGAAAUUGAUUUAAUUUAUCAUUUUAUUUGUGCUCGACUUGCAAUGAGUGUAAUGAUAUCUGCUCAUCAAAAACAAAUUCAACCUGAUAAUAAUUAUCUUGUUAUUAGUGAAAAACCAGCUUGGACCUUACUUGAAAAACUAACUACUAUUGAUACGAAAUUUAUUUAUCAAGCUUUUCGUUCUGCUUGUACAACAUCAAAUUAA